CAUUUUGGAAGUUCCAGCACACCACAAAUUUACGUGUGUGAAGUCUAUUGAUGUUCAGCUGCGGUAUAAAUGCCAUAUUCCAAAUUGCCGGCAGUUAGUUUGGUUUUCAUUAACCGUCAAGGCGCUUAUACUCACGAUGCAAGCAUUACUAAUGCUAGUGGCAUUUGUAGCCCUGCUGCAGCUCAGCACCCAAACGGAGUAUCUGAGCAGCAGUGAGGACAUUUGCCGUCUAUUUCCGGAUAAGACCAAGUUACGCAAGCCCGGCUACUGCGAUCGUUGGAUUACGUGCAAGGAUUCUAAGAGCUCCGAUGGCGGCUUUUGUAAUGGCCAGCUUUUCAAUUUAGGCAAGGGAUCUUGCCAGAAAUCACUUGAAUCCUCGGACACUUACUGCAAAGCACCGUGCGGCUCGAAGAGUAACGGCUACAUAGGGGACACAUUCAACUGUGCCAAUUGGUAUUUCUGCAACAAGACUACGGUUCUAAGUAGUGGUAUUUGCUCGAACGGCAUGUACUUUGACCAGAACAAACAGAUGUGCCUCUACCCCAAGGAUACCAUAUGCAAUGCCAAGUUUGAGCUAUGCCAAAUUGUGCCCACCGGAGUGAAGAUUAGGGAUGAACAUAACUGCGAUAAGUACAUUACUUGUAAGGCAGGUAAGGCCACUACGACUACUUGUCCCGAAGGACUCUACUAUGAUGUGACAAGUGGCAAUUGCAUCAAAAAAUCCUUGGUCCCAUGCCAUAAGAUCCCGCAUCCUAUCGAAGUGUGUGGCACCAAAAAGCUGGCGAAGCGUAACGUCUUUGUUUCCGAUGGCGCAACCUGUCGUGGGUAUUUCUAUUGCCGUGAUCUCGGAUCUGGUGUUCCGGAUCCCACACCGGCCUGGCAUCAAUGUCCACUUGAGUUUUUCUUUAACGAGGAACGUGCAGGUUGCGAGGCAAGAGUCGAUCGAAAGUGCGCUGAGGAUCGUUGCGAUGGUCGGGGUAAUGAAUACGAACUGGCUGAGAUCCCUGGCUGCCAACACUACAUCAAAUGUGUGAAUGGUGCAGAGAGUGGAGAGAUUCUUAAGUGUGACGAUGACAUGUAUUUUGAUGCAGAAGCUCAGAGGUGCACAACAACAAUGAAGGCUUAUGGUAUCUGUACCAAAUAAAUCUGUUUUUAUACAAAAAGAUUAUUGGAAAUAUAUACAAAAAUUGAAUACUUUGUUUGACAAACGAAUCACCAUUAAAUGCAGAAUGCACAUAAACAUUUAAUCUAAGUAAAAUAAAACUUGAAAUGUACUCACCUAAUGAUCUGGCAUUUAUGUGACAUUCCUAUUUAGUUCGUUACAAAUGUUUCCAAUUUGAUUAAAAUUAAAACUUACUGUUCAAAGUA